AUGGAAGCUCAAAUGGCGCUGACGACCUGCGCAAAACUCAACAUAGCGGUUUCCGCACUGCAAGAGACCAGAUUACCGGACGAAGGCUCAAUACGCGAGGCCUCAUAUACAUUUUUCUGGAAGGGAAAGGACUCUGCUGCCGCACGUGAGCAUGGCGUUGGUUUCGCAAUCCGCAAUGAUCUCCUUUCCGCAAUCGAAACUCCUCGAGGAAUUUCGGAGCGCAUUAUGGUGUUGAGGAUGCGAAGCAACUGCGGCUUUGUUACUUUUAUUUCCGCAUAUGCCCCAACACUAGUUUCACCUGACGAAGCCAAAGACCAAUUUUACGACCAACUCACUGAGACGGUACGUGGCGUAAGUUCUAGUGACAGACUUUACAUCUUGGGUGACUUUAACGCCCGGGUCGGCCAGGACAGCUAUGCUUGGCCCGAUUGUGUGGGUCCCCACGGCAUUGGAAAACUCAACGAGAACGGACAACGUUUACUUGAGUUCUGCUCGAGCCAAUUGCUGUGUGUGACCAAUACUUUCUUCAAGGGUAAGCCUAUGCGUAGGGUGUCCUGGAAGCACCCUCGCUCUGGUCACUGGCACCAGCUAGACCUAGUCCUCACCAGAAGAAAAGACCUCCGUGAAACCAUUCACACGCGUACAUUCCACAGCGCUGAAUGUGACACUGAUCAUUCCCUAGUAGUAACACGUGUAGCCCUGAUCCAUAAAAAGAUUCAUUCGUCCAAACCACCUGGUAAGAAGAAAUUAGACCUUCCUAAAACUAGGCAUGACGAUUUGAUUCGUGAUUUUGAGGAUUUGGUACGUAAGGAGACUGAAACUUGGGAUGUAAAUACGACCGUCGAAGACGAAUGGAGCAAUGUCAGAACUCUUCUCACGGAAACAGCUGCCAAAGCUUUCGGCUAUCAGAGAGCUAAAUCUCAAGACUGGUUCACUGAAAAUAUAGAGCAAGUUUCACCCUUGCUUGACUCUAAACGCAACGCUGCUCUUGCUCACCGUCUGAAUCCUAAUCCAAAGACGCGCGAAGAGCUUACAAUUUCUAAAGCAGCUCUUCAGCGCAGCACACGCCACUUUGCGAAUGUCUAUUGGACCAAUAUUUGCCACAACAUCCAAGCGUGUGCAGACUCAGGAAACUUCAGCUGUGUGUACUCUGGUAUAAAACAGGCCAUCGGCCCAGUUUCCAAAAAGACAGCUCCCCUUAAAGAAGCUGAUGGCUCUGUUAUAACAGAUCGUCAUCGUCAAAUGGAACGUUGGGUAGAACACUUCACCACUCUCUAUGCAACUCCAGUCAGCAUCGAACCGGAGGCUGUUCAGAGCAUGCCUAAACUGGAUACUUGGAGUCAAUUAGACGACCUACCUACUAUAAGGGAAUACCACAUUGCUGUAAAGCAGCUUAAGCGCGGUAAGAGUCCUGGUAGUGAUGGAACCCAAGCAGAAAUACUUAAACUUAAGUGCGUGUCACCUAUUCUGCACAGUCUGCUGUGUAAGUGCUGGGAGGCGGGGUGCGUGCCUCGGGAUAUGCGUGAUGCCAACAUCAUCACACUAUACAAAGGGAAAGGGGAUCGCGGCGAUUGCAACUCCUACCGUUGCAUUUCCCUUUUGAGCACAGUCGGCAAGCUAUUUGGACGUGUAAUAUUAGGAAAGCUCCAAAAACUUGCAAAUCGCGUAUAUCCUGAGGCACAGUGUGGUUUUCGCCCCCGGCGUUCCACAGUCGAUAUGAUUUUCUCCCUUCGCCAAUUACAGGAGAAGUGCAGAGAGCAGAAAACGCCAUUGUACGUGGCGUUUGUUGACUUAAAUAAGGCCUUCGAUACCGUCAGCAGGGAAGGUCUUUAUACUGCACUGAAAUGCAUUGGGUGUCCACCGAAACUUUUGAGCCUUGUUCAAUCCUUUCACGAGGAUAUGAAGGGCGCUGUAGUUUUUGAUGGCCAAACGUCUGAUCAGUUCGAAAUGCGUAGGGGUGUCCGUCAGGGCUGCGUGUUAGCUCCUACCCUGUUUGGUAUAUUCUUUUCGAUUAUCCUAAGAACUGCUUUCGGCGAUAGCCAACAGGGUAUCCACCUUCAUACAAGAGUAGACGGAAAGCUAUUCAACAUCUCACUGCUUCAAGCUAAACGAAAGCGUCAUGAUCUUUUCGUUGACUCUUUGUUAUUUGCCGAUGAUGCAGCUUUUGUGGCAAACUCAGUUCUCGAGCUUCAAACAAUCAUGGACAAAUUUUCCAAAGCAUGCACUUUGUUUGUUGUUGUUUGUUUUCCAUGUCCAUAA